UUGAGGACCCUAUUUACGCCAUUACAUCAUGACAAUAAGUAUCGAUUAUCCGGUCAUAUUAAAAUAUGUUAUCAAUUAUCACCAUUACUCGAUAUUAUAGCCGUCGACGCAACAAUGGAUUUCGAUAUUAUCACGGGGCGUUUCUAGUGUUUCUACUCGGACGACUCGGACGAACAAACGCUGUCGUGGUGAAUAUUUAAUUCGAGUAUCAAGAGUGACAGUUUAAUGUAAUAUAAUAUAAAAUUAUAUAAAUUAUUUGUAUUAUAAAGGAUAAAAUAUUAAUUAUGGCAAGAUUGUUGGCCAAUAUAUCCAAAUAAAUAUAAUAGUAGCAACAAGUUAUAAGUGUAUAACAUUGAGGUCGAUAUAAAUUAGCGAUUGUGUGUGACUAGUCUUAAAAAUUGCAAUCGUAUAAGUCGUGCAACAUUUGACGGAGAGGCGAGUCUAUUUUGUUUGGACUUUAAGGUAUAAGUUAUAACAUUACGUAUAAUAUUCGUAAUUAAAAUUUAUCAACAUGAGAGUGGCUAUAAUUGGAGCGGGAGUUGCUGGUUUAGCUUCAGCUAGAAGAUGUUUAGAAAAUGAUUUUGAACCCAUAGUUUAUGAACGGUCGAAAAGAGUGGGUGGAACUUGGGUUUAUGAAGAACGAACCGGUCUCGAUGAAUUUGGUUUGCCAAUCCACACAAGCAUGUAUAAAAAUCUAAUGACGAAUUUGCCAAAAGAAUUAAUGGAUUUUCCUAAUUUUCCUUAUAAGGGUUUAGACGAUAUAUCAUAUUUAAAAUCAUGGCAAGUGCAAGAAUAUAUUGAACAAUUUACUGAACAUUUUGGACUUGAUAAGCAUAUUCAAUUUUGUAGUUUGGUGACUUCAGUUGAAAGAUUAACAAACAACUGGCAAGUGACAGUGGAAGACUUGAAAACAAAAACUUUGAAGACUGAAUACUAUGAUGCAGUAAUGGUGUGUAAUGGACACAACGCUUUGCCUUUUACCCCAGAUAUUCCAGGGAAAGAUGAUUUUGAGGGCAUACAGAUACACAGUCAUGAUUAUAGGAUACCUGAAAAUUUUACAAAUAUGAAUGUACUCAUAAUUGGUAGUGGUCCUUCUGGCACUGAUAUUUGCUUGGAUGUAUCCAAAGUUGCAAAUCAGGUUUAUUUUAGUCAUCAUAUGCCUGAAUUAAUUGAGAAAGAUUUUCCAAAAAAUGUUACACAUUUACCAGAUGUUGAGUUAUUUUCAAAAAAAUCUGUUUGUUUUAAGGACAAAACUGACCAGAUUUUAGAUGCUGUAAUCUAUUGUACAGGAUACAAAAUUACAUUACCAUUUUUGAAUCCUAGCUGUGGAAUUAAUGUUUUAAACGACAAAUUGAUCACUCCGCUUCAUAAAAAUAUCAUCAAUAUGAAUAAUCCUACUAUGGGUUUUAUUGGAUAUUUAAAUAUGACUUUUGUGUUCCGGGUAUUUGACUUACAGGUUCGAUAUUAUUUGGAAUUUCUUCGUAAAAAUUGUUCAUCCCGGUUGGAUUAUAUGGUGACAACGAUGACUCCGGUUAACACACACUUCCUAGGCAAAAACAUGUUAGAUUACUGCAAGUCGUUAAUAUCAGAUAAAAAUAAAGUCGAACCAAUUCCAUCAAUCUUUUUUGAAAUUUAUAUGGGAUGUCAUAAACAUAAAGAAAAGUAUUAUAGGUCAUAUCACUCAUCGGUCAUUAGAAUCAUCAACAAUGAUGAUUAUGUAAUUGAAUUCGAUGCAGAGAAUGCAAAAAAUAAAUAA